UUGAAGCUUGGAAGGAGUAUAAAACUUCCAACAAAGUUGAGAAAGUUGAUCAACCUAAGGCAUUUCGAAGUUGAUUUGUGUAACGGAGAUCAAAUUAAGCUAAUGCCUAAACAUUUAAGUCGAAUGACUCAACUUCAAACGCUUUCUAUUUUUGUAGUUGGGUCAGAUGAAGGAUAUAAGAUUGAGGAGAUUGGACGUUUAAAAAACCUUAAAGGUCAAUUAAGCCUUCUACAACUCGAGCAAGUCAAAAGUAAAAAGGAGGCCAUGACUGCAAAUUUGGUAGAGAAGGAAAGCAUUUCUGUGCUAAAUUUUGAAUGGAGUCUUGACAGAGAAGACUGUGGUGAUAAUGAUUUGAAUGUGUUGGAAGGGCUUCAACCACACAUAAACCUUCAAGGAUUGCGUAUUCUUAACUUUGCAAGUGAACUUAUGCCCAGUGGUAUUUUUGUUGAAAACUUAAUUAAGCUUGAGCUACACUCUUGCAAAAGAGGUAAAACUUUACCAAUGCUGGGACAGUUGUCCAAACUUGAAGUUCUUUACAUUCAUAACCUAAGAGGUGUAAAAAGUAUUGGAGAUGAGUUUUACGGGAAUUAUCGCGACAGUAAAACUUUAUUUCCUAAAUUGAAAACAUUUGAAAUUUCGAGAAUGGUCAGUUUAGAGCAAUGGAAAGAUGUUGCUACUGUGACGAAUUGUACAACUUUUCCUCAUCUCGAAAACUUAACCAUGUGUUCUUGUCUCAAACUAACGAAUAUUCCAAACAUUUUUGCAACUCAUAGUCAAAGGUUGGAAGCUGACACGGUUAAUGUAAGGUUACUUUCAAGUUUUCAAAGUCCUCCAAACCUUCGAUCUCUAACCAUUUAUGAUUGUACAAGUUUGGUAAAGCUGCCAAACUGGUUAGACUGUUGUUGCUCACUUGAAAAUUUGUGGAUAGGCGAAUUUCGUGAUGAUAUUUCCCCUCCAAAUUUGCAAAAUCUGCCCUACUUGUCUUCAUUACACAUUGGAAACUUUCAUAAUUUUCCAGAGGGGCUCGAUGGUAUUCAUAACUUGAAAAGAUUAAUAGUUGAAGGGCCAAUGGAGGGUCGUGAUUGGAGUCGAUUCAUACCCUUCAAUUCACUUGAAGUUCUUGAGUUGCAUGAAACAGGAACUAAUAGUUUAACACAACUUCCUCGACAACUUGAGCUCCUCACCUCGUUAAGAUCGUUGCAUAUUCAGAGUUUUAAUGGCAUUGAAUUUUUGCCAGAAUGGUUGGGAAACAUUACAUCUUUGGAGACAUUGGAGUUGUCGGAGUGCAGAAAUUUGAAAAACUUGCCCUCGAAAGAAGCUAUGUCAAAUCUAACUAGAUUGAAUCGUUUGGAUGUGUAUAAAUGUUCCCAGCUUGAAGUUGGUGAAGGUAGUGUUGAACGGGAAAAAGUUUCGCAUGUACCCAACGUUCGUGUAUUCUAGAAUAACUAUUUUAUAUUUGUUUC